CUUCUAUUGAGAAAUAUACACGAGAAUAUUUACUAAGUCCAAGGCACUUGAACCUGCUCACAGAGUUCCAGACAGUUUAUUUUUCCCUUCUUCAUAUUGUAAUUGGGAUUUUGAGGAUUGGCUAAGUGUAGCAUCCUCGGGUUGGUUAGUGUGUUGUGAGAGCUUUGUUGUAAACCUGAGAGGCUCUCUACCCGCAAGAGUCGGUCUUCACCACAGAAAGGGUAAAACCUUGGGAAGAGAACCGGCAAUAUGAAUACGGUUGAAAGAUUGGAAGAAGGUUACUCAACUCAAUGACCACCGUUGUUCAACGGCAAAUUUUACCAAUUCUGGAAGAGUUGAAUGGAGAACCUCAUCAAGGCUGAGAACUACCAGGUAUGGAACGUAAUUGAGGCAGGUGAUAACAUCAUCACUAAGGUGGAUGCCGAAGGUAAGAUUGUCCCUAAACCUAAAUCUGAAUUUACUACUGAUGAUUAUCGUAAGCUCGAGCAUAAUGCCCAAGCAUUGAAAUAUUUGAUUUGUGGACUUGGUCCGGCUGAGCACAACCGGGUUCUUGGAUGCAAAUCCGCAAAACAAAUGUGGGAUUUACUCGAGGUUACACAUGAGGGUACCUCGCGUGUAAAAAGAUCCAAAAUUGACACAUUUAUGCGUAAUUACGAAUUGUUCGUGAUGAAACCUAAAGAGUCAAUUAGGGAUAUGAUUACACGCUUUACUAAUAUUAUAAAUGAGCUUUCAGCACUUGGAAUGGAUAUUACUGUGGAAGAUCAAGUGAGAAAAGUUAUAAGAAGCUUGCCCUCCGCAUGGAAGCCCAAAACUACGGCUAUAGAAGAAGCUAAAGAUCUCUCUACCAUGACGCUAGAAGACUUGACCGGUUCACUCAUGACAUAUGAGUUAGGCUUACAAGAAGAACAAGAUGCCGAAAAUGUGAGGAAGGAGAGAGGAAUAACUCUCAAAGCUCGAGAAGAAGAAGAAGAAUCCGAAAGUGAAUCGGAAGACGAAAUGAGCAUGUUUGCCAAGCAAUUCGGAAAGAUAUACCGGAAAUUCAAAGGCAACCGGAAUAAGCAAGGUAAAAAGAAUUUUCAAUCCAUUAAUAACCAAGGUUGUUUCAUUUGUGGUUCCUUUGAGCACAGGGCAAAAGAUUGUCCCCAAAAGAAAAGUGACAGAACCUACCACAAGAACAAGAUCAGUUCCCACCGGAGGUCCAAUGAAGACAAAGGGUUCAACAGAGACCUCAAGAAGACAAUGAUGGUAGCUUGGGGAGACUCAUCCGAUGAUGAUGAGGAAGAAGGUGAAAAGAGUUCCAAUCAUGCAAGGUUAUGCCUCAUGGCUAAUUCCGACCAAGAGAAUUUCGAGGUAAACUUAGAAAGCUUUCUAUCUAAAUUUGAUUCCCUUUCUAAAGGCAAGGUUCGGAAAUUUUUUAAGAGAAUAACUAUCGAGCUUAAUCAAAGUCUUUCUGAACACGACCAUCUUAAAUCACAAAUCAUCGAACUUGAGUCUAAACUCGAGGAAGCCACUAGAGCCAAGAUAAGGCUGGAAACAAAAGUGGGAGAGUUAAUAGAUGAAAGGCUCAAGUACAGUGAAGUGGUUUUAGAACAAGAUAAUCUCAUUUACUCACUCAAGCUCGAUAGCGUGAAUAAACUAGUUAAUGAUGAAGAAAAACUACUAAAAAAAAUUUCGGACAUUGCCUUGCUCAUUAAUCAUCCUAAUCGCCUUGAGAACGAGAGACAUGAUUUCAAGAAUAAACCGGAAUAUCAGCCGUAUAGUACCAAAGAUAGAACCAGGUCCAGAAAUUAAUCUGGAACUGGACCCUCUCGGUACAAAAGGAAGGAAAACGAGAUUGCUGGUCUCGGAUAUGUUCCUAGAGUAACCCAAAUGAAUCAAAAUCCGACUUUUCAGAACCAAUCCUUUUAUGGUAAUAGAACUAGAGGACAAACCAGUUCUAGGCCGUAUCAAAGGCAAUCUAGAACUGGACCAACCUGGUUCGAUAAAUUGGUUCAAAGACACAAAACGGGUUAUGGACAAACACCUAACCGAGAGUUUUAUAAAAGGGACAAAGAUUUUUAUGGAAAUUGGAAAACCAAAUACGUUGAUACAUAUGAUAGCCGAAUUUGCGGGCAUUGUGGCAAAGUCGGUCAUCUUAGGUAUCAAUGUCACUCUCGGCAACAGGCCUUAGAAAGAAGCUUUAACUAUAGUAAAUAUUUCUCAAACAAAUACAAAAUGGAACCCAAGCAGGUCUGGGUUCCACGCACUAACCCUUAAUUAUGGAACAGCGCCGAGUGAGGGGGAACAAUCACUGGUUCCUUGACAGUGGUUUUUCUAAACACAUGACGGGAGAUAAAUCAUUAUUCCUCUCACUGCGGCCAUUUAGCGGUGGAAGGGUGACAUUUGGAGACAACGGUAAAGGAGAAAUAAUUGCCGUGGGAAAAGUUGGAAAGUCACCUAACCAUGCAAUUGACAAUGUCUUUCUAGUCAAGGGUUUAAAGUUUAAUUUGCUAAGUAUUUCUCAAUUUUGUGACUAAGGUAACAGUGUAGUUUUUUAUCAUAAUGUAUGUCGCAUUGUUAAUAACGAAUCACGGCAAGUUAUACUAGAAGGCAAGAGACUAGAAAAUACUUAUAAGGUUGAUCUUGAUUUAUUGCCAAAUAUAAGUCUAACUUGCAUGGGCGUUAUUUACAAUGAUCCCCUGUUAUGGCAUAAAAGACUUGGACACGCUAGUUUUUCAUUAAUAAAUAAACUCAAAAAUAAUGAUUUGGUAAUUGGGCUACCUAAUAUAAAAUAUUCACUUGAUCAUAUUUGCUCCGCUUGUGCCACCGGAAAACAAUCGCGAUCAUCUUUUAAAACAAAGAAUUUGGUGGGCACAAGCAAGCCCAUAGAACUAAUUCACAUGGAUUUGUGUGGUCCAAUGUGAGUCCGUAGCCGAGGAAAUAAAGAAUAUGUUUUAGUUAUUGUUGAUGACUUUUCAAGAUAUACUUGGACUAUCUUUCUUGCAAGCAAGAAAGAUACUUUUAAUGAGUUUGUUGUUUUUGUAAGGAAAGUUGAACAUCAAACAGGGCUACAAUUGAUCAACAUCCGAUUGGAUCAUGGAACUGAGUUUGAGAACUCACUCUUUGAUGCAUUCUACAAGGAACGAGGCAUAGACCACAACUUCUCUGCCCCUAGAACUCCUCAACAAAAUGGGGUAGUAGAACGGAAGAAUAGAACACUGGAGGACAUGACUAGAACAAUGCUGAUUUCCAGUGGUCUAGCGAUAAACUUUUGGGCAGAAGCACUAAACACGGCAUGCUAUAUAAUUAACUGUGCUAUGAUCCGUCCACUCCUAGGGAAGACACCCUACGAACUACUAAAAGGGAGAAAGCCCAACAUUAGUCAUCUAAGAACAUUUGGAUGCAAAUGUUUUGUUCAUAACAAUGGGAAAGACAACAUCGGCAAGUUCGAUGCAAGAAGUGAUGAAGCAGUCUUCCUCGGAUACUCAACUCAUAGCAAAGCUUACAAAGUUCUAAACAAACGCACACAAUGUGUGGAAGAAAGUAUCCAUGUAAUCUUUGAUGAAGCACUUGCCUUAAGACCAACCCAAAUCGAUGAUGAAGAAAUAUGAAUGACACGUAAGGAGAUACAACCUCAAAGGGAAAGUGGAACUAACCAUGACACCAACCAAACUGGAGAACCAUCACUGACCAAUGAAUAUAAUGAGUCUAGAACUAAAGAAGAAACUGGACAGACUUCAGCCAGUCUGUGACACCGUCCCCAAGCAUGUUUACUUUUAGUAAAUGAUGUAGUAAACCUUGAAAGAUGAUUUAUGAAUUUACGUAAUUGUUAAAUUU